UUUGGUGCAGGCAGGUGGCGGUGAAGGAAGAUACUCUUAUUGAUUGUGGUUAGGGAAUAUUGCACUUUUAUUGACUUUUCAAGUAGAAAAAUCUUUAAGAAUUAUGCAUUUCUUCAAAUAAAACAUAGUAAUGUAAACAUAAAGCCUUUCGAAUGCAACACUGGUAAUGAAUCAGUGCAAACGAUCUUUGUUUUGAGAAUUCGUUUUCAUCCCUUCUCUGCAGUGGUCCAUCAUUAAAAUGAGUGUUGCUCAAGUACAAGGUGGUUUAAGUAAAUUAAAAAAGAAACAUUUUCGCGUAAAACAUCAAAAAGUCAAGCUAUUUCGUGCAAAUGAACCUAUUCUAUCAGUGUUUAUGUGGGGUGUUAAUCAUACGAUCAACGAGCUCAGCCAUGUAACGAUCCCAGUGAUGCUCCUCCCAGAUGACUUCAGAGCGUACUCAAAGCUUAAAGUGGACAACCACUUGUUCAACAAGGAAAAUAUGCCAAGCCACUUCAAAAUAAAAGAAUAUUGUCCACUGGUAUUCAGGAAUCUGCGGGAAAGAUUUGGAAUCGACGAUCAAGAUUAUAAAGAGUCGAUGACAAGAUGUGUAAGCGCACGAAGCAACACCAAAUGUCGCAGGGUCGACUGUCAGGGCCUACGGAGAUCGACCACAAUGCCUGUCAGUUUUAGGCCCGAAUCCAAGACUUUCCUUAAACCAAAGCGGAGGUCUCAGCCUGUGCCCGAUGACUCGCAAGGAAAGUCUGGAGCAAAGUUUUACCAUUCUUACGAUCGACUGUUUAUCAUCAAGACUCUGACCAGUGAGGAGGUUGAAAGAAUGCAUUCAUUUCUUAAACAAUACCAUCCAUACAUUGUAGAGAGACAUGGCAAGACCCUGCUGCCCCAGUAUCUAGGCAUGUACCGGCUAACAGUGGACGGAGUGGAACACUACAUGGUGGCCAUGCGAAAUGUGUUCAGCAAUCACCUGGCGACUCACAGGAAGUUUGAUCUGAAGGGGUCGACAGUCGACCGAGAGGCUUCCGACAAGGAGAAGGAGAAGGACUUGCCUACGUUCAAAGACAACGACUUUGUCAAAGAGGGAAUCAAAAUUUACAUAGGUGAUAUUGCCAAAGAAAAAUUGGUGGAAACGCUCAAUGCAGAUGUUGAGUUCCUCACCAAACUGCACCUGAUGGACUACUCGCUGCUGCUGGGUAUCCAUGACUGUGUUAGAGCCGAGGCGGAGGGUGAGUACAUGGACGAAGGUGGUGACGGAGACGAGGACGAUGACAGUGAUGGUGUCGGCGUGGGCGACCGUGUGCCUCCGCCGUGGGGCACCACACCCCCCGACUCCCCUCAUCAACUACAGCGAGAGACUAGUCUACAGUACGAGGGCGGCAUUGUGCCUGAACUGGACAUCUACGCCAUCCCCAGCUGUGACUCUGCUCCCGUGAAAGAAAUCUACUUCCUGGCAAUAAUCGACGUCCUCACACACUACGGUGUCAAGAAACAAGCGGCCAAGGCGGCUAAGACUGUCAAAUACGGAGCCAACGUCGAUGGAAUUUCCACCUGUGAUCCAGAACAAUAUGGCAAAAGGUUUAUUGAGUUUCUGAGCAAAGCGAUCGAAUGAACGACACCAGUAGAGUCCAAUUAUAAGUCAUUUACUCUCAUCGCAGCAAGCGCACAUAAAUUGUUCGUUUCAAAUAAUAUUUCUUACUCAAAAAAGAUUUUUCCAUUGUGCAAUAUAAUUACAAAUAUUUCUUAUACACUUAUGUUCUAGACUCUUGUAGAAUGAUAAAUUAUACAAUACACGUUUAUCACAAAGUCUUAAAUCUUUUGCCUAUUUUUAUAUUUUUAGAUUUUAGUCUUUGUACAGUUAUAAAUGGUUAGCAGUUGGCAAAACUAGCGAGGCUCGUAAACAUUGUUACCAAGAGUAGAAAACAUCGUUUCAAACAGCCCAAUGGCUAUUUUUACAUUUUUUAAUAACUAGCCGUUGUACUUUAAUUUUGAUAAUGUUGAGAGAGAAAAUUUAAAUGAUAAUUUUAGGUGUAAGAGCUUUAAAUAAAAAAUAUAAAUGGCCUAUAUGUUUAAGGCACCUAUUGCCAUGAUUUUUUUAUAUUUCGAGAUACGAUUGUACAUUAUAGUUAAUUUCUAUUCUGUGGCCAUGAAUGGAUGUAAAAUGUUUAGUGUCCUAUCAAUGAGUUUUGCACAUUUAGAAAUCUGCAAUAUAACUUUUUAAGGACUAUUGAUUAAGUUACUCGGGAAUGUUUUAUGUUUAGUAUGUCUUUGCAGCAAUUUAUUAUAUUAUUCUGUUAUUUAUUUUUAUAAAUUUUUUGAUCAUGAGUGAUAGGCCUAAUUUAUAGUUUUCCAGAUUUCAACUGUAUCAUUCAGUUAAACUGUAAAAUGAUUUAUUUUUGGCUUUUUUACAUGUAUAAAAACUAGUCAAAUAGUCAAUAUUUUGAAUAUUAAAUGAAUUUAAAUGUAAAACUAUUAUUAAGUAUUUUCUUAGAUUUAAGAUGUGUGAAUCGCAAUGUUGAAAGUUGUCCAGUAUUAAUAUCAUGCUUUUUAUUUGUAUUUUCAAAUUGUUUAAAGGAAUGUUUUAACAAUUCUGGUGUAACUGACAUUACCAUGCUAUGUUUUGGUGUUCCCACGUAUUACCUCGCUGUACUUCAUCACUAAAGUUGGAUGUUGUAGAAGCCGUUUUCACUUUUAUAAAUUGUUUAUUGUUUGAUACUGUAGACUCGACAGAUCCCCUUCCCCCUUUGUGUUGUCAGCUCCUUUGUAAAACCACUGAAUGUGGGCGUAUUAAUUUGUCCACACUGUCGUCUGUGCUAUAAGUGUUGUCAAGAGUGUUAUGUUGUUUUGAACCAUUUACCACAACAUUUAUUAUUUUUAAUUUGUAAAACAAAUUUGCAAUUUCUGUGGGAAUGUUCUAAAUUUACCGAAAGGUUUAGUAAGGAUUAUUAUUAUUGACACUGUUGUGAAGCAUUGAUAUUUAAGUGAUACGAUUGUUGUGAACGACGACUUGUGAAAGAAUUACUACUAAGACUCAAUCGCUUAGCUAAAUAGAUAAACCAAUGUUUGCUGUUGGUUUGGUUAUACAUAAUAUAACUGUACAUUACGUUUUAUACAUAAUGUUUAAUUUUUAGGAAACUUAUAAAAACUUUAUUUAGUAGUUUUCAAAGUUAAAUACAACCUUAUAACUAAUUAAUUUUAUAUAUUAUUUUUCUAUUCUUUUACACGAUUAAUGUAAAUUUACCAUGCCAGAAUUAUGCUGUAUCUGUAUUAAGUUGUUAUUCAAUAUUCAAUUACUGAUAUUUUUAUAGUUAACUGAACCCCUCAAAUACUAGAUGCAAUAAUUUUUGCUUCUUAGCAAUCAUGCUGAUUCUACAAAUAUAUGAUUCUGGUUUCAUUUAAUGGAAUUUAUAAUUUAAACAUUCUGUACAAAAAGAAGAUAGGCCCUACUGGUAAAAGUUAGUUGUCUUUGCUGAAACUAAGAAAAAAUAGUUAAUAGAUGUUGUGUGGUAUCAACUAUCAAGCUAGUUCUAGAACUAGCCUAUAUUGAUAGUCUGUGUCUUAUAAUCAAUGUUUUUAUUUAUAAUAUCUCAUUUCUGACAGUAAUGCAACGACUCAUUGUAUCAACCACUAAUUGCACCACUCAUCAACAAUUAAAUUGGCUGAUUAGUUGAAGUUUGAAGCAUUACAAUUUUACUGUUUUCUCUCAAUCCUUGAAUCUCAUUGGUCCGUUACUUGUUUUGUUAAGUAAAACAAUGCUGUUAAGUGAAUCUUUUCAAUUCUAAGAACUGAACUGAAACGGCUAGUUUAAAAUAAAACUGUUAAAGGCAAAAGAAUUUAACAUAAUUGAAUCAAAUUUGUUAUGUUAAUUUGUUAUGGCUGAUUGUACCCUUCCCUUUAAAUAAAUUAUUUCCUUGGAUUCCUGGACCAACAAAACUUGUAUUCUCUGUUUUCGGUCCUGUUUCAUGUUCUUUGUUGUAGUCUGUAAGCCACAACAGCAAUUAAUGUAUUGACUAUUAAACUUAGUGCUGCCACUAACUUUUAUCAGAAUGGGUAUUUUUUUUAAUAAACAAGUGUGUAUACCAUGACUUCAUUACCAACAGUUUUUUCAUUCAAAUUUUGCUGUAGUAUUUUGGGAGUUUUUAUUUGACCAUGUUGAUGAACCACAGCAAACAUAACCUUUAUGGGAAAAUAACUAAACCUAUUGUUUUAUCAUGAUGAAGCAUGAUUAAAUGUAAUUUAUUUUGAGGUUGCUCAUAUGAUGUGUAAUUUAAAUUAUUUGUUAUAUGUAUAAAUUUUAAUGUAAGAUUGUAUGAUUAAUCAUUGUUGGUAUUUCGUUAAUCACUCGCUUUCCAGCUAUCACACUCAUAUUGUUUAUUGGUACCUAAAUACAAACUGUGAAAUAUCAAAUAUAUCAUGUUAACAUUUU